GUGCUUUGAUAAACACUAAGAGAACUUGAGGUUGGUCAAAGCAGGAAGCUGCAGUAAAUGUUCACCCGAGACGGCACUUAUGUUUGGAGAUCGAAGGGCUGAUACUGGUCGUGGUGAAAAGAUGAAGGCCAUACAGGUGAUUUCCUUGACUCUGCUGUGUAUUUUCGCAGCCAGCGCUCAGGUGCUGAAGUUCGGCAAAUGUCCCACACCUGCAGUUCAGGCCAACUUUGAUCCUACCAGGUACGUUGGUAAGUGGUAUGAGAUCAUGAAGCUGCCGACAGCCUUCCAGAAAGGCGAGUGCGGCACUGCCACCUACAGCCUGAAGGGUCCUGGAGUCCUCGGGGUCCUCAACAGGGAGCUGCUUGAUGAUGGAAGCAUUAACUCCAUCGUCGGCCAGGCCAAGGUCAGGGACCCCGCUGUGCCUGCCAAACUGGAGGUCUCCUUCUCUGGAACUCCCCCUGGUCCCUACUGGGUGCUGUCCAGUGAUUACGAGGGUCACUCUCUGGUCUACGGCUGCACAGACUUCGGCCUCUUUCGCAUGGAGCUGUCCUGGAUCCUGAGCAGAGAGCCCACCCUGUCUGAGGAGACCUUAGAUCAGCUGCACGGCAUCCUGUCCUCCAUUGGAGUCAAUGUGGACAAGAUGAUCCCCACCAACCAGGAUGAGACUUAUUGCAUCCCCAUGGACCAGUAAACAGAGACACUCCUGUUUCAGCCUCUACAGGACUGUGAGACAAGGCGACCUGGAGUCAUGACAUGACACAGUGUGUGGUGUGCCUCGCCCUGUCGGUACAUGAUGCAGAGUCAAUGCAAUAAACCUGUAGAAAAAAAAAGCA